UAUAAAUAGCUGCGGUCACAGCGGAUUCAAUUAGACUUCAAGCCAACCUCAAGAACUAAACUCAAGCCAAAGCCCAAAAAUGUCGAGAUUCAUCGCCGUCGCCUUUGCCAUCCUUGCCAUCUGCCUGAUCCUUGUCAGCGCCGCCCCCGCCCCGCCCCAGCUUCUGGAUGCCCAGACAGCCAUCCAGAAAAUCAUCGAUGCCUACAACCGCAUCCCCGGACCUUCGGUCGUCCAUCCCUGGGAGGUGGCUACUGUGAUUGACCCCAACACCUUUGUGGCCCACUUUUAAAAAUCCUUCUCUGACUCUGCUACCUAACUUAACUAAAUGGC